UUUUGAGUCGGUUUAGUGUUUGUGGCUCGAUUUUGAUAUUACUUACUACUCAAGACAGCAGCUAAACAAUCAUCGCAAAAGUGCAGCUCUUGGAUAUUGCAACAGAAAAAUGGAAAUAUUUUGUUUUUCAUGAUAUCAACAAAAACGUACAUCUAUUCUUUGGAAAUUUAUCGCUCGCGAAAGUAGCGCAAAAAAUGCAUUUUAAACGCAGACUACAAAUGAGAUGGACACUUUUACGCUUUUCGUGUGCUAUCGUGAUCUUGCAAGAACGAUAACUACAUUUCAGAUACGAUCCGAUAAGUAUGUUUACCGAGUUUUCCAAUUUAUGCUACACACUGUCACUUAGACUGAUAUAGGUUUUACUACUCUUCUACCCGUCAUUCCGUGAUGUGCCAGUUCGGGGAAUAAAAACCAAUUCUUUAAAAGUGAAAUUCUUCAUUUCGUUCCACAUAGGUGAUCUGGACACUAACCAGCUCAACCGCAAGAGGGUAGUGUCUGUAAUAACACGAUUGCUAACUUUUAACAUCGAAAAUUUGUGCUGAUCACACGUGCCAAUCAUGUACUCUCUAGCCGCGGCCUUGUUCGUCGGUAUUGUGAGUGUCACGCUGGCAUUCGAUGAAGAAUGCGUCGGUAAACGUAACGGAGCCACUUUUGCCGAUGAGUACAGCUGCAGCCGGUACCGCAUCUGUCUCGGCGGAUAUGUGUCGCAUGGCGAAUGCUCCUCCGGGCUCUACUGGGAUAACUUCCGACGACUGUGCCUGCCAGCGAUGCUAGUUUCAUGCAAAGCAAAACUUCCCACAACCGUUCAAACAACGCCCUACGAGCCGCCGACCAGUGAUGGCAUUAUUCUAGACGAAAAUCAUCACGGUCUGCCUGAUGAUUUUCAAAAUGAGGAGUAUAAUUGUCCGUCGCAUGGUGUACUGAGCAUACCGCACCGACGUAGCUGCUCGCAGUACGUUCUGUGUUUUGACGGUACUGCCGUUCUGCAGCGAUGUGCUCCAGGACUACACUUUAAUGCGGCUCAAAGCCAGUGCACACUACCCAACAUGGCAAACUGCGAUUUACAGGAACAUGUAUGCCCCGAGAAGGACGAUCCACAGAAGCUUGUGUUCGUUGCCGAUCGCUUCGAUUGUUCCAAGUACUACUAUUGCUACAAUGGAAAGUUCCAUCCACACAGUUGUGCUCCGGGACUGCACUGGGAUCCAAUCAACAACUGGUGCACAACAAUCGCUGAAUCCAAGUGUCAAAACUUCACUCCCUACAAGGAGGUGAACGAGCCGACGCUUGUGCCCAAAAAAGUUAGUUGCAUGGACGAUCAAGCUCGUUGGGUGAAACAUCCAAAGAGUGAACGCCAUUACUAUCUCUGCUAUAAGGGCAAAUCCAUGCUUAAGCGUUGUGACGAUGGUCUCAUCUGGGAUGAGGCAACACACUCGUGCAACUAUCAACACUGACCGAAUAAAUGUUACAUUGCUUUUUGAUUGGGCUUUUGCAAAAUAUCAAAUAAACCAACGAUACUACCAUAACGGGAAUGCAAAUGCAAAUGUGCAGAUGAUUAAAUUGAUUCUACUAAUUGUGUUGAUCGAUUUUGUUUAACAUCAUGUGAAAUUAACAAAAAUAAACUGAUGAAAUAAACAACAUUAACACAAAAUAUUACAUGCAGAUUGCAUGCACUACAGCAAUUCAUGUUUUUCCUUUUAU